AUGAAACUCCUCCCAACCCUCGCGGCAACCCUCCUAAGCAGCACUCUCACCCACGCCGCGACCCUCACCCAAAUCACCAGCCCCUUCGGCCCCAACCCGCGCAACACCAGCUUCCACCUCUACGCGCCCUCCACCCUGUCCCCCUCCCCCGCCAUCCUCGUCAACCCGCACUGGUGCCACGGCACCGCGCAAGCGGCCUUCGCCGGCUCGCAGUGGGCCGCCCUCGCCGACCGCCACGGCUUCCUCGUCAUCUACCCGGGCAGCAGCCCCGCCGCGGGGGACCAGUGCUGGGACGUGUCGAGCGCCGAGACGCUGACGCACGAUGGGGGGGGCGACAGUCUGGGCAUUGUGAGCAUGGUGCGCUGGACGCUGGAGCGGUACGGGGCGGAUCCCGCGAGGGUGUUUGUCACGGGGGUGUCGUCGGGGGGGAUGAUGACGCAGGUUUUGGUGGGCGCGUAUCCGGAUGUGUUCGCGGCGGGGGCGGCGUUCGCGGGCGUGCCGUUUGGGUGCUUUGCACCGGGGGAUAAUCAGGGGGAGUUUGGGUAUUGGAAUGGGGAGUGUGCGACGGGUGAGGUUACUCAUACGCCGGCGGAGUGGGGUGAUUUGGUGAGGGCGGCGUAUCCGGGGUAUGAUGGGUGGCGGCCGAAGGUGCAGAUCUUUCAUGGGACGAAGGAUGAGGUGGUGAGCUAUGUGAAUCAUGGCGAGGGGGUGAAGUUGUGGACGAAUGUGCUGGGGCUGAGUGAUGCGCCGGUGAGUGUGGUGCCGGACACGCCGUUGGCGGGGUGGACGAAGAGCGUGUAUGGGGAGAACGGCUGGUUCGAGGCGUACAGCGCCGAGGGUGUGCCGCAUGAUAUCAAAGUCCAGGAGAACACGGUCAUGGCCUUCUUUGAGCUAAAUUGCACCACGGGAUGCUUCUCCUGGGGUCAGGAAGGGGCUCCUUCAGGUGGGCAGCCGAGUCUAUCUUCGGCUCCAGCGACGCCAAUCUCGACGUUCACCACAGCCACGACGACUGGCGUAACUCCCAGCUCCACGGCGGUUGUGGCGACGACAACGACGGCAGCAGCCUGCGAAACCAAGACGGUUCGCGGUGGCGUGCCUUUAUGGUCACAAUGCGGCGGUAUGGGCUAUGUCGGCGCAUCAGCUUGCGCUAACGGGGAGUGCUCGUCAUACAAUCCGUACUACUAUCAGCCUGUUGAUCUUGGAUUCUUGACUUCGGCGGAAGGGCCAAACUCCAAGCCAUGA